AAUUCAGAAACGUUUUCGUGACAUCUCCGCAUUGCAUUACAAAAUCGAAAAAUGUGGAAGAGAAACUGCUUGUGUCGAUGAGCGUAUAUCAACCCAGGUAGCUAUGUUCCAAGAUAACCUGCUGCUGAUGCAAGUCGAGUUGGAAACAGCAUUGGACAAAGUCACUGACUCUUUGAUGUCUCCCAAAGAAGAUGCGGCCGCCGUUGCACAAACAGUUGAGGUCUUUUUGGAAUACAAAAGUGAUUUAGUCCACACAAGAGUCAUACAACUAGAUUUGAACACUGAUAUGGAAAAGUAUCUGACGGAUUUGGGUUUUAUCAUGAAAAAAAUUGAAUAUCUUCGCAAUCGAAAGUGCACUCGUCAGCAAAUGUUUGAAGCAUUGGGUGAUAAGUUGACACUUAAGGACAUAAACGGUUUGCUAACCCAAGCUCAAUUUGGCGCUGUGACCACAAAUAACAGAGAGGUGUUACAAAAUGUAAAUAUGAAAAUAUUUUCAAAGGAAUGUGAUUGGCAGUAUGCGAUUGACACCUUCGUUACAAAAAGCUCCUCAUGUGCCGAUAUUCUUCAAUUGAAAUCCUUUAGCGACAGUAUACAGCAAGUUUUUGGUGAAAUUGAUGUGGAUUUAAAUGAGAUGUUUAAAAUUGCAACGCCAUUUAAGACUUAUGCAACGAAUAAAACAAUUCAACGCGACGAGAAAUGUUUGUCAUGUGGAGCGCCAGUCGAAGUGGAAAAAACUGAGCUGAAUUUGAAACUAUGGCAAGAGCUUGUUUCUACAGCCGCUGUUCCAGCCAAGAAAUCGAUCACAUUGAAAUACGAAGACUUGUGCAUACCUGGACUACCGAUCCCACAUCCUCUUGAACAAGGUUCAUAUAUUUGCCAACAUGACUGCGGCGAGAUUGUCAAAACAGAAGAGUCGUUAGAGCUGUAUAUAAGAAAAUUAAAGCCAGACGCUCAGCCUCAUAUCAAAGCAGUUCCUGAAAAGGUUAAUAACAAAACACAGACUGAAUACCGAUAA